AUGUCGGUUACUAAUCCUUUCAUCGAAUUUGAAAAGGACCUCGACGUUCGAAUUGCCGAAACAGGUGUGAAAUGGAAUCAUAAGAAGGACAACCUCGCGUCAAGUCUAGAUCGAUUUUACGAAAAAGAAUGUCUCAAAGAGCCUUCCCAAUUUCCAAGGAUGGCCCUCAACGUCAUGCAGGCUUUGAAAAAGACGGCCCAUAGUUCGCUCGAUGACCUGCUCGAAUGGGUCUAUGCCACACAGCGGAGUCAGGACGAUGAGUCCAAGCGCCAGAUCAAAGAUCUGGUACAGUGUAUCGAUGAUUAUUAUCAGAGUCAGAAGUCACGAAUCGAGAGCGAAAGGCGUCUCACAGAACAGCGGUUGCUCGUGAUGGAGAAGAGCAGGCUCCCUAACCCUGCAUCAAGCCCUGAGCAAAAAAAGCCCAUACAAAAACGUGUAACUUCCGCGUUAAACCGUGUUGGCAGUGCUGGGAAGGCUUUCGAGCGUGCCAAAGCUACUGAGAGGAUCAUACGUAGCCAACAGGCCAAUGGGCAGCCAAGACCCUCUCGCCAUCCUCGUCAUCGUCAUCGGAGAGAGAAUGCUAUACGCACGGAAAAGACCUUGAAUCGCCUAAACGAGAACGCAGCUAUUUCUAGGAAGACGUCGCUGUACAAACGAUCGCAAACUUAUGGUAGUCCGAAAGGACUGGCUCAUCGCACCUCCAUGACGGCCCCUAGACUGCCCACAGCGAUCCGGCCCCAAAAGCGGUACACAGCAAGCUCUUUAUCGCAAGAGUUCAAUGCUUCCGAGUUGCAACGUGACGAGCCUGACGAUGUUCCUGAUAAGAUAUACGCAAAACCUUCUCUAGAGCAGGAGCUUGUCGCUGCUCAGGGUCACGGGCAUCCUCGCAUAGACAAGGAACUUCUCAUAGACGACGCAUUUGUUCUUGGACAACAACUCAAUGAAGAGUCCAGUACCAUAUCCUCUCCAGCUGAUGCUGAAGACUCGGAUGGCGGGGAUACCGAAGUCGAAGAAAUGGCCGAGGAGGGAAAAGAGCAACAGAAGAGGGUUGGGGACACUCCCUUGAGAGAAGCCGAGGAUGAGACCAAGGAGCACGAUGAACUCAACGACAAGCUCGAAAUAAAGAAUGGGGGCGUUGAGCAUCAGACUGCUCAUCUUCAAGAGAAACCUCAAUCUGGGCCUGAUGGCACCAUCACGCUUUCACCCAAAAUGGCAAUAAAGCUCUGGAAAAUCCUCUUGGAAAACAAUGAGCGCGUCGAUUUUGCAAUAUCAAAAUGCGAAAACCUAGAAAAGUGCAACAUCAAUGAGAGUUCCAUGAAAGAACUAAUUGAUAUCUGGGUACCGGCAAUAAAGGAUCACCAUUGUAAAUUUAAGAAGAUCAAGAGUUUCUUUGCUGACAUCGCUCGCCAUGUGCUUGAUAUCGAUCUUCCUCCAAACGCGGCGCAGACAUCGGAAGCCUCUAACUCUAUGUCUGGCUACUCAGAAACCUCUGCAGGCAUGGAAAGCUCUCAAUGUUUGUCAACUGCGCCUUCCAGCGGAUCUCGCGACAGCUUCCUUAGCAAUAAAGACCAUGACGGUGAUGAUCUAGAGGUGAACGCAAGUAGCGAACCGAAGCGUCCUGUUUUUCCAGACAGCGAGUCAGCGGCAAGCUUGAGACCUGGAUGUUCUCGGGAGCUCAGUGCUUGGCAGCAAAAGAUCAAGAAGAACAGAGAGUCCGUGAGCCGAGGCCCUUACCUGAGCCCUCCUUCGUCCGCUGGAACGCAAUAUUACCCAACGCCGCGAAGCAGCCCGAGAGACGGAGACCCACCCAAGAAGUGGUGGAUUAGUCCUAAGGAGGAGAACACUCCACAGAAGGGCAGUGAUGAUGAUGAGAAGGAGGUUGUUUCUGAAGAUGAGAAAGGGAACAGUCCUGCCAGAGACAUGUCGAGCAACGGCACCGGUGAAUCCUCAGACAUACCUGAAGCAUCUCAAGAGGCGAACACGCCAGCACCAGGGAAUAGUGAUGGCGGAGAUGAUCCAGAUCCAGAUCCUACUAAAGGGACUACUGUCGAUAACGAGUCGUCACAUCCCCUUGCACAAUCAUCAACAAAGGAUUCUGGUAUCUUCCAAUCCUUGAAACUGGGGCUUAGGGUCUUGAGAAUGCUGGUAGUGCUGUUUAUAGCCAACCAGGCCUGGGCUUGGUGUCUUGUCAUGAAAUUUGUCUGUCAACUUCUCUCCUGGUCUUAUCACCGUUUCAUCAGGCAUAGGAACGUGGAUAACGACGGCAAAGCACUGAAAUUCCCCAACCCACCUUCGUAUGUAAACGUGGGGUUUGUUUUCAACCAUGCUUUCUUCCUGUUUGUUCUUGGCUGGUGGUUAGAGGUACGCCAGGAAAGACACCUGUGGUAUAUUGCCAACGGCCAGACGAGGGACCAUAUGUUGACGUACAUGGCGAUACAACCGCCAUGGGUAUCCACUGCGUUCUCUUAUUAUACAAACUCAUUAGGGUAUAUCUUUGGGCUUCCGGAGGUAUUGCUAUCCUGGAUGUUGGCCUUUCCGAAUGUUAUUAUGCAGCUUCUGACUUCAUUCUCAAGUUCAUCGUGGGCGUGUUUCACAGAUGUCGUUGGAAGUGCAACCUUAGUAAUCAGGACAUACAAACUGGCAGGUGGCUGA